AAUGAGAGGGAAGUGAGGAGGUGAGUAUAUAUAACAGGCAGGUCGGCGGGAUGUUACAUAGUGUAGGGUAGUCACCUGCAGAAGGAGGACCUCGUAUACACUCCCACAACACACACAACACCUACUGGGAAAAUGCGCGCUGGUGUGGGCUUGGCGCUCGGCCUCCUGAUGGUGGCGGGCGUGGUGGUCAGUGACAGGGCAACCAGAAAGAGUAACACUCGUGGAGGACUAGGAGGAUUGGUGUCGGCCUUCGUUACCGCCGGUGCCUCUGGAGUCGGCGGUAGAAGACCUGGCAGUGGAGGCUUCGGCAGUGGAAGCCAUGGCAGUGGAGGCUUCGGCGGUGGAGGCCAUGGCAGUGGAGGCUUCGGCAGUGGUGGAGGAGGCUUUGGGAGUGGUGGAGGAGGCUUUGGGAGUGGUGGAGGAGGCUUUGGCAGUGGUGGAGGAGGCUACGGCGGAAAUAGUGGUGGAAGCAAUUGCAAAUACUGGUGUAGGACGCCAAGUAACCAGUUCUACUGCUGUGAGAGACCCGGCCAAGGUGGCGGCGGUGGGGUUGGAACCCACCCAGGAAGGUGUCCACCGGUCCGGCCCUCGUGUCCACCGACCCGUACCUUCGGUGGCCCUCAACCUUGCAGCAACGACGGUACCUGUGCAUAUCAGGACAAGUGCUGCUUCGACACCUGCCUGCAACAGCACAUCUGUAAAACUGCCGAACGUUAUUAAAGGCUACUUCUGUUACCCGUUAUAUGUGCCUACAGCAACAACUGUGUCGACGUCUGCCCGCAACCACACUACGGCAAGUCGGCCGAACCGUUCUGUAUUACAGGUGCAUCUGCUGCCGUAUACCUAUUAAUGGAUCCUGAUAACUUACCCUGAAUAUUUGUUCUCGAAUUAAUGAUGAAUAAAGCUGUUAUCCAGAAA